UCUCUAUACACAGAUUCCCAAGUUGAGACAUUGCAGUGAGAGGGAUUCAUCCCACACUCUCUCAUCUCCCUUGAAGAGAAGCCAUGGCACUAGCCUGCAUUGUUACGGUUCUCAGCUUAGCGCAUCUCCUCAGCGCUAUGCCCCUGCACUGUGAACUCCUGCUUCCACAAAUCCCAGACAACACUACAGCAUCCAAGCUCCUGGGGAAAUGGUUCUACAUAGCUGGGGCGUCACAGUUCCCCUUUCACCUGCUGGAAAUGGUGCAGAUAGAUAACGGUUAUCUUGAUGUGAACCCUACUGAGCAGGAGCAGGAGUUACUCAUCAACCAGCAUAUCACAGUCAGGGACAAAUGUCUCUCAAGCAACUCAGCUUACCUUGAAGUCUCUAUCAAUAAUGCCACACUGAUCAAGUAUGCCAAGAACCAGCGCACCAUGGGGAAGCUCAUGAACAGCAGUUCAGAAGAAAUUUUCCUUAUUCAAUACCAGCUGCAUAAGGAAGAAAAGAACUACACAGGAUUGUAUCUUUAUGCCCGGAACCAAAACAUGAGUAAAACUCAGUUGGAGGAAUUCAGAGACCACGCUAAAUGUCUGGGUCUUCGUGAAGAGGAAAUAAUUUAUGCACCAUGGCAGAAGAAGGAGCUAUGCCAAAUGAAAGAAACCAAACAAAUGAUUCUCCAGGCAAGGAGACCCCAGCUACAGUACUAGGAUAACUCUGAAGCUAGCACAGCUGGACAUCAGCGACUGACCACUUAACCUCUGCAGCAAAUAAAAGUUGUCAUUAUUUCUGUUGUGUAUUGUUGAUGCAUCAUCAAUCAGGGGAGUUGCUCUACUAGAUA